CUGAGGGAUUUGAAUGAAUCAAGAUGCGGCUGAUCAUUGAAGCUCUUCUUCUCAUUUUAGCUGCUCUAGGACAGGAUCACAGCGCUGCUGCCGGACAGAUAUUUCCAUUGGAUAUGGCACCGAAUUCUGUCGAUGACUAUUAUUCCGGCUGUAGAGGGAAAAUGGCACAUCUGGUGAAGACGAAAUAUCUGAAGAAGGAAAUCUCCAACUCAGCUAAAUUUAAAUAUUAUUGGCAAAAUAGUGCAAAUAUUGUCAAGUUUCCAAAAGAUCAUUUAACAAGGAAUCAGUUAAUCGCCAUUCACGUGUACACUGGUAAAUACAUAUAUAGUCAAUUUAAUGAAGAAACUCGUUACGGUAAAAACCAUUACAAACACAAGACAUUCAAAUGGUAUUCACUUUACUUUCUGUUAACAGAAGCAAUACAGAUUCUGAAGAAAACACAGAAUAAAUGCUAUUAUACUUAUCGUGGUAAUAAAGUUGAAUUUAAUAAGAACAUUCUGAACAAAGAGGUUCGAUUCGGCUCAUUUACAUCCUCAUCUCUUGAUCGCAAAGUAACUCAAGGUUUUGGAAGUACAUCUUGUUUUGAAAUCUACACCUGUGAAAGUGCUGAGCUGACAAAGUACUCUCAGUAUCCUUACAUUAAAGAGGUGCUGAUUCCUCCAUAUGAGACGUUUAAAGUCACUGCUGUCAGAACAAAAAAAUAUAAUAAAAAUCUCUGGUGUGACACUGUGUACACUUUGAAAAGCACUGGAAAAGUAAGUUACCAGAACUGUGCUCUAUUCAAGAAACAUUAA